AUGGCUAUCACUGCAUGGGAAAGCAAAGUUGCUGCCAAACAACAAGCUGGCCGUGACAAGAUACCAAAAGAAUGGCUUCUUCCGGCAUCCGUCAUGAACUUGCUUCGAGUACCGCUUCCAGAGCAUCCAAAUCGCAUAAUCGAGAUGGACAUCCCGCGGCAAUCGGGAAUUUUGAGUGAGAAAGAGCUGAAUAUAACGGAGAAGUACACCGUCGAAGAACUGUUGGAACAGUUGAGGAAGGGUGUUUUAUCGUCGCUAGAAGUUACGAUAGCUUUCUCCAAGAGAGCAGCCAUGGCGCAGCAACUGCUCUCUUGCCUUACAGAGACAUACUUUCCUGAAGCACAAGACCGAGCACGCUUCCUCGACAGUGAAAGAGCUGCGGGCCGUCUCGUUGGUCCCCUUCAUGGCUUGCCUAUAAGUGUCAAAGACGGUUUCCAGAUCGCCGGAACAGCGGCAACUAUCGGCUUUGUCUCUUUCCUGGAUCAUGCAUUAUCGGAGAAGAACUCACCGCUUGUGGAGAUCCUGCUGGAGCUUGGUGCAGUUGUAUAUGUCAAGACUAACAUUCCGCAGACCCUGAUGGCAAACUCACAUAACAACAUCUUCGGGCGGACGUUGAACCCUCAUAAUACUGCUUUGACGGCGGGAGGCUCUAGUGGAGGCGAAGGAGCGCUCAUUGCAUUCCGAGGAUCUCCUCUUGGUAUCGGAACAGACAUUGCAGGCUCUAUCCGUAUACCGUCCCUCUGCUGUGGCACGUAUGGAUUCAAGCCUUCUACAGCGCGUAUUCCAUUUGGUGGCCAGCCUUCUCCUGUGCGAGAUGGCAUGUCCUUCUUCGAGCCAUCCGCUGGCCCGUUGGCAAACGACAUACAAGCACUGCGUAUCCUAUGUCGGUCAGUCUUGUCAACGAGACCGGCCAUGUACGACGCCACCGCUCUCGACGUCCCUUGGAGAGACCUGGAAGUACCGCCGAGCGCGCCGAAAUUGAGACUCGGUCUUUUGACCGAAGACUCAGCCUUCCCGUUGCACCCACCGGUUAAAAGAGCACUGGCUCAAGCGGUCAGAGCACUAGAAGCCAAGGGUCACCAGGUUGUUCCUAUAUCGCCGUUGCGCGCACAAGUCUCCAAUGCGCUGGCUCUCGGGUUUGCCUAUUUUGGGCUUGAUGAGCCCCCAGCGCAUAUAGCCGCUAGUGGUGAGCCUCUUGUACCGUCUGUGAUUCAGGCUAUGCAGACAUUUGGCAGCUUCAAGUGCGAUUUUCUGGCCGACUGCGAAGGUCUACAGGGCAUACCAAGGGUGGCAGCACUUAAUGUGAAGAGAGAGUCUAUCGCGGAUGAGUGGAGGAAGGUAUGGAGGGACGAGAGACUGGAUGCGGUAAUCGGACCGGCGGCGCAGAACACUGCGGUUGCGCAUGACACGUACGGAUUACCGCCGUAUACGUUGCUGCUAAACGUACUGGAUUAUCCCGCAUGCAUCAUACCUUUCGGCAAAGCAUCGAGUGCUCUUGACGCCGAGCACUUCACCAUGGGCUCUGACCAAGUAGGUCCAAGCUGCACUGUGGAAAGAUACAGCCUGCUUCUUGUGACUUCACAUCAUCAUUACCAGUUUACCUUUCUUCUACCACUCCGAAACCUCGAACAACACUCAAACAUGGGCUCUACAUCCAUUGCUAUGCGUCCCUGGAUCUCUGUUGAAUCCUGGGGCCCAGACCGCCUUGAUGUCGUUGGGAUCGGUAUGGAUGACCAGAUGUACCGCAAGAGGUUCGACAGAGGCGACGGUGGCUGGAAGCCUAGCGUUGAUGCUGCAUGGGAGCCACUAAGUGGCAAGUUCAAGCAGAUCCCCGCGGCCAUUUCCUGGAGUUUCGGUCGACUUGACAUUUUUGGCAUCGGUCUCAACAACCAGAUGUACUACAAGGCGUGGGGAAACAACAGGAAGACAGGAGGUUCUUGGAUUGUUAGCGACUGGCAGUCCAUAGAAGGUGGGUUCAAGAGCCCACCGGUACCUGUCUCCUGGGGCAAUGGACGAAUCGACCUCUUUGGCAUCGGCAUGGACGAUCAGAUGUAUCGCAAGGUUUAUGGGGGACAGUGGAGCCCGGGAGGCUGGGAACCACUAACUGGCAAGUUCAAGAGCCCUCCGGCAGCGGUGUCAUGGGGUAGUGAUCGACUCGACGUCUUUGGGAUUGGUUUGGACGACCAGAUGUACCACAGGGCAUGGGAAAGUAAAGCAUGGACUACUUCAAGUUGGACUCCGAUGACUGGCAAAUUCAAAAGCCAACCCAUCGUUGUAUCGUGGGGCCAAGGCAGACUUGACGUCUUUGGGAUUGGGAUGGAUGACCAGAUGUACCACAAAGCGUACAAUGGAACAAACUGGGUGACCAAAGAGUGGAAGGGAAUCAAUGGCAAGUUCAAGAGCGUCCCGUCAGCGGUCUCAUGGGGUCAGGGCCGCAUCGACGUUUUCGGCAUUGGACUAGAUGACCAAAUGUACCACAAGGCAUACGACAAUGGUGGCUGGGUGGGUGACUGGAAGGGAAUCGGUGGUAAAUUUAAAAGCGCUCCAGCAGCUGUCUCGUGGGGCAAGGGACGAAUCGACGUUUUCGGUAUCGGAAUGGACGAUGGAGUUUGGCAGCAAUACUACUCGAACAACGCCUGGGCUUCGAAGUGGGGAGGUUUGGGUGGAAAGUUCAAGACGUUCUAG